AUGCACCUAGAUCAGGAUAUUCCGAUCACUGCUGGAGCCCCUGGAUCAGAAGCCGAGUCAAGUGGAACCGAGGACAUUGGGGGUGAUCCCUCGGCGGAUCCCGUCCAAAUUCCAGCUGCUGGUACGGAUGCUACAGCUGGUAGGACAAUUCAGCGUGCCAUCCAUAAUCACCGUCUGUGGCGUUUUGCCCCUUUCAACUUUGAAAAGUACCCAGGCAUGCGCAUGAACGUCCCUCCCGAUAAAACUGCUUGGACGUCUAGACGUCUCAGUCUUAAUAUGGCAGAUCAAAGCAACCUCUGA